AUGGCCGGGCGGCGUUCGGCGGGAUUCCUAUUUGUCGCCACAAUGGAGACAUUCCAGGUGAACAGGACCGAAGGCUCUUGGCCGAUAAUGGCGAUGGGCGCAGUAGCUUUCCUGGCAGGUUUCAUUACGGGACCGGUGGCUCACAGAUUCAACGCUCGUCCAGUUAUCAUCGCAGGAGCGGUGAUUUCAGGAGCAGGCGCAAUUCUCACCUUUUUUGCAACAAAUAUUGGAUUCAUGACGCUUACACUGGGCGUAAUACACGCCAUAGGAGCGGGUAUGGUGUUAAUAGUGGCCCCUACAAUAAUCAGCGAGCACUUCGUCAAGAACAAGGGCCUCGCGAUGGGCGUCAACUUCACUGGCGUCACCGCUGGUCUUUUCGUAUUUCCCAAACUUCUGGAGUACCUCACCGACACCUAUGGCCUACGUGGUGCCCUUCUGAUCUUCGGCGCCAUCAUCAUGAACGGGCUUGCAUUUAGCCUCUUCCCCCGCACCCCUGCUUGGAGGAAAGCUCGUCCGGGCAAGAAUGAACUCGCUGCUCAAUUUCCUUCGAAAGCCAUCGACGAUGAAGGAACCAACGAGCUACGCCAUGCAUUGACGGUGUUUAAAAGCCCCGCUUUUUACCUCAUAAUAUACAGCUUUAACGCUUACUGCUUUGGAUAUGAGUGCUACAUGUCACUUUUCGUCGACUUUGCCUGCGAUCGAGGAGUAGCGCUGUCCACUGCCGUUACCGUGAUGUCGGCGGGAGCAAUCUCCGAGAUCUUCGGGAGAUUCACAUUGCCGGCAGCAGCCGACCGCGGCCUGCUGAAUAUCAAGACGGCUCUCGUGCUGACAUUAGCUGGCGAGGCGGUGGCGUUUCUUGUUCUUCCUUUGCUACACUCUCAAGGACUUAUUUUCACUGUGGCCUUUGUCAUAGCCUUCAUCAUCGGCACUGGAAUGGUAAUUUUUCCAGUGACCCUGGUGUCUUACUUCGGACACGAGAAGAUGUCAGUAUCCUUCGGCAUUGUCGUCGCGUCAGCCGGGAUGCUAUCAUUUGUGAAGCCCUGUUUGAUAGGGCACUUCAGGGACAGAGUAGGUGCCUAUGACUGGCUCUUUGUGAUUUGUGGCGUUCUCAACGGAAUUGGAGCCGCUCUUUGGAUUGUAGUGCUUGCGUUGGAAAGAAGCAGGAGCAAAAGGAAACUUAUCAACAAUGAAAACGCAACGCACGAAACUAUUAUUACUACGAAAUAUAGCAAUAGCUUUCUGCACGAAGUUCCGAGGUGAAAGAAGAGAAACGAGCGCUGUGAAUAGUAGAGUGCCAUAACGGGAGGUAUUUUUCAUGCGAUUCUCUGUGCAGUCUGAGCCUUCUUGUGCAGUUGGAGGCCGGGCACUAUGUACAAACCGCACUGAUCAGACAGCAGGGGUGCGAUCGCUGAUCGUUGUUCGAAACCGGCGUUCAGUUUGCUUUCAAUAUCGCCUCAUCGAUUGCCUAGGCCACGCCUAGGCCAAUCGCUUCAGGCGGAAGUCCGCAACCUAAACGCUCAUUUCGAACAAGAAUCCGAUCACGCUCCAGUAACUCAUCACCUCGUACUUUUCUAAUAAUAACUCAUAAUCCCCCUUUUCAUUCGUUUGUUUUCCUGCCUGUUUACGGUACUGUGGAGUAGCAGAUGACGGGCACGGCCAAUCCCACCGCUUUUUUUGUCUUUAAACGUUCUUAUUUUUCUCCACCAUGCAAUCGGCAAUUUUCCUAAACUAGGAUAGGUGAAACCGAUUACAAGGGCUGCGAAUAAAAUUUCUUUGACUUCUA